CUCUCCCAGCCGCGAGACCCUGGAAAUUUCACCGGAACCGGAGACCAAGAUGUCGAGGAGUGGCUCCACCUCUAUGAGCGCAUCAGUACCCACAACAGAUGGGACCCUACAAUCAUACUGGCCAACAUCAUUUUUUAUCUGAAGGACACGGCACGAACCUGGUUCCUGACCCAUAAAGAAACCAUCACUUCGUGGGAUAUGUGUAAGGAACAACUUCAACACCUCUUUGGCGAUCCUACCGGCCGGAAACUAUCUUCAAAACGAAAACUUGCAUCCCGCGUCCAAACCUCGACCGAGUCAUACAUGGCGUACGUGCAAGACAUCUUGUCGCUUUGCCACAAAGCCGACGCGGGCAUGGCUGACUCCGAACGAAUUUCACACAUCCUCAAGGGCAUAGCAGAUGACGCGUUUCAACUUCUUGUUUUUAAGGACUGCUCUACAGUCGAAACCCUAGUGAAGGAAUGCCGGCGAUUUGAGGAGGCCAAGAAGCGCCGGAUAACUUCCAACUUCACCCGGCUCCCUAACACGACAGCCACUUCCACGUGUGAAAAAACUCCAACAUCAGACACACAAAUCGCUAAAAUUUUCAAGCCAUGA